AUGAAGAAUGCAAAACAAGAAACGGGAGGCAAUGGAAAAAAGAUGGGGACAGGACAGAAGGUAAAGGAUGCUCUUCGGUCACAGUUUCAGCUCAAGGAUUUGGGUGAUUUGAAGUACUUCUUGGGCUUGGAAGUGGCGAGAUCUUCACAAGAAUCUUCUGGUGAAUUGCUUGAUGAUCCUCUACCUUACAGAAAGCUUAUUGACAAACUGAUAUACUUGUCUAUCACUAGACCGGAUAUUAGUUUUGCUGUUACAAAACUCAGUCAAUAUAUGUAUGUACCUAGAUCAGAUCAUUUUCAGGCAGCGACAAGAGUGUUACGUUAUUUGAAAGGAGUUCCAGCUCAUGGCUUGUUGUUCUCUGCUAAUAAUGAGCAUCGUCUUAGUGCUUAUUUGGAUGUUGAUUGGGCAGCAUGUGUAGAUUCACGUAGAUAUGUGACUGGAUAUUGCAUUUUCCUUGGCAGCUCUUUAGUUUCUUGGAAAUCGAAGAAACAAGCAACCAUUUCCCGGAGCAAUGCCGAGUCGGAGUAUCGAGCUAUGGCACAAACCACAUCUGUCACAUUGUUCUGUGACAAUAUGUUCGCCAUUCACAUUGCCAACAAUGCUGUUUUUCACGAGCGAACCACGCAUAUCGAGCUGGAUUGCCACUUUCUUCGAGAUCAGUACAAGGCUGGAUUUUUGAAACCAUUACAUGUCUCUACUAAGGAUCAGAUAGUUGAUGUCCUUACGAAGCCUUUGUACGUGGAUCAUUUUCGGCAUUUACUUGGCAAGAUGGGUCUUCACUCUUUAUUCGUCCCAUCUUGA